AUGGGCCAGGAUUCGGCUGAGCAACGGAUUAUAGGUAUUGGGAAGCGAAGGGUUAAGCGAAGCUUUGAGGAAGUGGAAGAAGAGGUCGGUACGUCCAGGGAAAUAUUAUCAGAGGGAGGAGAGGCAAGAUUGGAAUCUACAGAUGGAAGUGCUGUUGAAAAAGUGGAAGGUUCAAUGGAUGAACUUCGUCGAUUGGCUAGACAAAAAUAUUUAGAUAGAAGAGAGCAUCAGAAGUUGGAGUGGGUAAUACACGAUCUUGAAAUACUAGAAGAAGAUGUUAAGAAGUAUGGAUGGGAUAAUUUGACUGAGAGAGAACGGGAGGAGAUUAGUAUCAAAAGACAGGUGGUUCAGUUGGUAAAAGAUAGACAAGAGAUAGAGGAAAAGGCGCAAAGUAACUUCUAUAUAUCAGGGCCGGAUGGGGCUAGCGGUGUUGUAAAGGAACCCUCAGCAUAUGUUGGUAAUGAGGUUUCAUGGGAGGAUCAACAGGUCCAGAAGUCUGUUAAAGGUCACAAUGAUGCAGAGGUAAUUUCUGUUCAAGGUGGUGAACAAUAUUCGCUUGUUCUUGAUAGUCGGGCGAUGGUUAACUUUACGGAUAUAGAUAUGAUCACAGGCAAGCAUCUUUUUAAUAGGAAAAGCGAAAAGUUACUAUCUAGGCUGGAAUCAAAUCUAAAGAAGGAAAUAGAGCAUACUCAGUCAAUGAAAGCUGCUAGGAAAUCGUUGCCUGUGUACAGUUUUCGCGAAGAAUUGUUGAAAGCCAUCAAUGAACAUCAGGUGUUGAUUGUUGUUGGUGAAACCGGUUCAGGAAAAACCACCCAGCUACCACAGUAUCUUGUCGAAGACGGCUAUACUAAAGGCGGUCGUAUGAUUGUGGCAUGCACGCAGCCUCGUAGAGUUGCAGCCACCUCCGUAGCCACAAGAGUUGCUGACGAAAUGAAUGUUGUGCUUGGAAGAGAGGUCGGGUACCAAAUUAGAUUUGAUGACAAAACCACCAAAAACGUUACUGUUUUGAAGUACAUGACAGAUGGUAUGCUGCUACGAGAAUUUUUAACGGAUCCAGAGCUAACUAACUAUAGUUGUAUUAUGAUUGACGAAGCACACGAACGUACCUUGGCAACGGAUAUAUUAUUAGGUCUUCUAAAGGAUAUUCUACCCCAUCGAAAAGAUUUGAAGUUGUUGAUAUCGUCUGCAACAAUGAAUGCGUCAAAGUUUUCGGAAUUCUUCUAUAAUGCUCCAAUUUUCAACAUCCCGGGGAGACGGUACCCCGUUGACAUCCAUUAUACAUUACAACCAGAGGCGAAUUACUUACAUGCAACUAUCAGCACAAUUUUACAGAUCCACACAACGCAAGAGUUACCUGGGGAUAUAUUAGUUUUUUUAACAGGCCAGGAUGAAAUCGAGAAUGUUAGAGACAAAAUAGAAGAAAUUUGUUUCAAACUAGGCAAAAAUAUCACACCAUUGAUGGUUACACCUAUAUAUGCUAACUUGCCCCAGGAGCAGCAAGCCAAGAUAUUUGAAACCACCCCAAAAGGGGCGCGUAAGGUUGUGUUAGCAACUAACAUUGCAGAAACUUCGUUAACAAUUGAUGGUAUAAAGUAUGUGGUUGAUCCAGGGUUUGUCAAGGAGAAGACAUAUGUACCUCAGACGGGAAUGUCUCAACUAUUAACCAUACCGUGCAGUAAAGCUUCUGUAGAUCAGAGAGCAGGUAGAGCAGGUAGAGUGGGGCCGGGAAAAUGCUUUAGGCUGUUCACGAAAUGGUCAUAUAAUCACGAAUUAGAGGAUCUACCUAAACCGGAAAUCCUCAGAACGAACUUAUCUCAGGUUGUGUUGCUACUCUUAUCUAUGGGUAUCACUAGUCUCCUUACAUUCCCUAUGCUAGAUAAACCCAGGAUACCAAAUUUAAGCCGUUCUUUAGAGCAGCUGUACGUUCUUGGAGCUUUAAAUAAUAAAGGCACGAUAACUAAGAUAGGACGAAUUAUGUGUGAGUUCCCAUGCGAACCAGAAUUUGGUAAGGUCAUACACAGUAGUGCCUUCAAUGAUAAAUGUAAUGGUGUUCUGGAAGAAGUGAUCACAAUAGUGUCCAUGCUUCAUGAAACGGCGUCAAUUUUCGUACCUGGGAAAGAACGGAAGACAGUGCUAGGAAUAAUGAACAGCGACCACAUGCUCUAUUUGGAAAUAUUCGACACCUGGGCUAAUAAUAACUACAGCAGGAGUUGGUGCAAGGACCAUAACGUUCAAUACAGGACAAUGUCAAGAGUUAAAAGCAUCCGUGAACAACUUUGGCGUUGCAGUGAUAAACUGGGACUGGUGUCAAUGAACCAGCUACAAUUACAAAAUAAUCCUCGAUUAUUCCAAGCUCAGAAGGAGCAGCGCAUAAUUAAAUGCUUCAUAACCGGAUUUCCCUUCAAUGUUGCACAGCUAACGUCAUCUGGCUAUCGUACAUUGGGCAGCGGUGACGGCAUUUCUGUUAAUAUACAUCCUACCAGUAUCAUUUAUGCCUCAAAUAGGGAAUCUGGCAAACCACACAGGUUUCUUCUGUAUCAACAGCUGGUAUUAACGAGCAAAGAAUUCAUGAGAGAUUGCAUGCCACUACCGCAGGAAUCAUGGCUGAAAGAACUAGUGCCACAGUUUUUCAUCAAAUAA